GAUAGGAGAGAGAAAGGGCGCACGUCUAUAUUUAAACCCUCCUUCCAUUUCUCUCCAUCUCUCCCACUCUCUCACUCACAUUUACUCUCUCCGAUAUUGGUGAGUACUGUCAUUUCUAGAGUGAGAAAUUGCUGAAAUUGCUCAAAUUAUGUCCGGAAGAGGAGGCCGAUCGGGAGGCGGAGGAGGCGGAGGCUGGGGACGCGGCCGCGUCGGAGGCGGAAGAGGACCAUCGGACGCCGGUCGAGGUCCGCAGGCGGCGCGCGGCGGAGCCGGAGGCUACAAUGCGCCGCCGCAAUCAGUCGCUGCGGCGCCUUCUCAGCCGUCGCGGACGGAGCCGGCGGCGUCGCUAUCUCACGAAAUGGAGCAAAAGCUCACGCUGAAGGCAUCUUCGUCACAGGCGCCUCAGACGCAGGGACCUCCGGCGGCGGCGGCGAAUCCUCCGCCGGUUCAGCCGGAAUUGCCUCCGGCUUCGUCGAAGGCGGUCAGGUACCCGCCGAGGCCUGGAUUCGGAAGCCACGGCCGGAAAGUGGUGGUGAAGGCGAAUCACUUUCUGACGGAGAUCGGGAACAGAGAUCUGCGCCAUUACGAUGUUUCAAUAUCACCUGAAGUGACAUCUAAGAAGGUGUGUAGAGAGAUUUUGAACCAGCUUGUUACAAACUAUAAGGACUCGCAUCUAGGGAAGAAGAUGCUCGCGUAUGAUGGAAGAAAAAGUUGCUACGCUGCUGGCGAGUUGCCUUUUGAAUCAAAAGAUUUUGUGGUCGAGCUCAACAGUGGCGAUAGUCAGUCGAGGAGAGAGCGCAAGUUCAAAGUGUCGAUCAAAUUCGCUGCCAAAGUAGACCUGCAUCACCUACAGCAAUUCAUACGGGGCAGACAACUGGAUCUGCCACAAGAAACCCUGCAAUUAUAUGAUGUGGUUUUGAGGGAGAAUCCUUCUAACAGCUGCGCAGUGGUUGGGAGGUCAUUUUUCUCGCCUAUGCUGGGUGAUAUAGGAGAGCUAGGAAAUGGUCUAAUGUAUUGGAAGGGCUUCUAUCAAAGCCUUCGCCCUACACAGAUGGGCCUGUCUCUCAACAUUGAUAUGUCUGCUAGGGCAUUCUUUGAACCUAUUUGUGUCUCGGAAUAUGUCCGAAAACAUAUCAACAAAGACCUGUCUAGGGGUUUAUCUGACCAAGAUCGCAUAAAGGUCAAAAAAGCUUUAAAGGGUGUACGGGUGGAGACCGAACAUCUAGGUCAAAUCAGACGCCAUAAGAUUUCCAGCAUCACAACCAUGUCCACCCAGCAGUUGAUGUUUUCCUUGGAUGGAAUGGAAGCUCAGAUAUCUGUUGCACAAUACUUCAUUAAACAGUACAAUAUUUAUCUAGAAUAUCCAUCUUUGCCAGCGAUUCAGGCAGGCAGUGACAGUAAACCCAUUUAUCUUCCAAUGGAGCUUUGUAAGAUUGUAGAGGGUCAGAGAUACUCAAGAAAAUUGAAUGAAAGACAAGUUACUGCACUAUUGAAGGCGACAUGCCAACGCCCCAAGGAUAGAGAAAGUUCAAUCCUCCAGAUGGUUCGUAAAAAUGAUUACAACAACGAUAAGCUUGUCAAUGAACAAUUUGGCAUUAAUGUUAGAUCUGAGAUGGUAUCAAUAGAUGCACGUGUGUUGCCUCCACCUAUGCUGAAAUACCACGAGACUGGUAAAAAUAGUCUGGUAACUCCAAGUGUGGGGCAGUGGAACAUGAUUGACAAGAAAAUGGUUAAUGGAGGAAGGGUUGAUUUCUGGGCUUGCAUCAACUUCUCUAGGAUGCGUAGUGAUCAUGCUGGCCAAUUUUGUGAUGAUUUGAUUGAUAUGUGUUGCAGUAAAGGGAUGGAAUUUAAUCGAAGACCUCUAGUUCCUGUUCGCAAUGCACAUGGCCCAAUCGAGAAGGGCUUGAUUGAUCUCGAGACCGAGUUUUCCAAGACUGGAAAACAACUCCAGUUGCUCAUUGUCAUUUUACCUGAAAUGACUGGAUCAUAUGGGACGAUAAAACGAGUUUGUGAAACGGAGUUGGGUAUUGUCUCACAGUGCUGUCAACCUAAGAAUGUAUCGAAACCAGGGAAACAAUAUUUCCAAUACUUGGAGAAUGUCUCACUUAAGAUAAAUGCAAAGGCUGGAGGUAGAAACAGUGUGUUGGAGAUGGCCGUGAAAGGAAGGUUUCCUUAUCUCAGUGAUCGACCCACUAUUAUAUUCGGAGCAGAUGUUACUCAUCCUCAACCAGGAGAGGAUUCGAGUCCCUCUAUAGCUGCGGUUGUUGCUUCAACUGACUGGCCCGAAGUAACGAAGUAUAGAGCACUCGUUUCUACACAGGCUCACAGGGAAGAAAUCAUUCAGGAUCUGUACAACAAGAGAGAGGAUCCUAAAAGGGGAGUCAUCCAUGGUGGAAUGAUUAGAGAGCAUUUGGUGGCUUUCUACAAAUCCACUAAGCUUAAACCUCACAGGCUCAUAUUCUACAGGGAUGGGGUGAGUGAAGGACAAUUCAGUCAGGUCCUUCUUCAUGAAAUGGAGGCAAUAAGGAAGGCCUGCAACUCUAUUGAGGAAAACUACAUGCCAAGGGUCACUUUUAUCGUCGUGCAAAAGAGGCACCAUACACGACUUUUUGCUGCUAAUCACAAUGAUAGGAACAACACUGAUAGGAGCGGCAACAUUCUUCCUGGCACCGUGGUCGACUCAAAGAUAUGCCACCCAACUGAGUUCGAUUUCUACCUCUGUAGCCAUGCUGGCAUCCAGGGUACAAGCCGCCCCACCCACUACCAUGUCCUCUAUGAUGAGAACGCAUUCACAGCCGAUGGUCUGCAAAUGCUGACAAACAGCUUGUGCUAUACGUAUGCCAGAUGUACUCGCUCGGUGUCCCUAGUUCCUCCUGCAUACUAUGCGCAUCUUGCAGCUUUCCGUGCUCGGUAUUAUAUUGAAGGCACAGACUUCUCUGACAGUGGAUCGACUUCUGAUGCUGGUCGGGGUGCUACUCGGGAGAGGAGCAGAGAGGUUGGACCUCUGCCAAAGAUCAAAGACAACGUGAAGGAUGUGAUGUUUUACAUCUGAUCCUUCUGCAGUUUUUGAUGGUAGUAUAUAUUUUGUCUGAUGAUGCUGCCUUAAACAAUUUCAAACAAUUUCAGUUUUUGCUUAAACUCUAAACAUUGGGCUUUUGAUGGAUAUAAUCUCUUUUUGAAGAGGUUGGUUUUUGUGCCUCUCCUGAUCUAUAGUUUUUAAUAUAUUUUGAAAUGUAAAAAGAACAAGAGGGGUUACUUUAUGUGAAAUUUGUUAAUAUUCAAGGGAAAUGGUUUAGUUGCC